CGAGCCACUCUGGAUACACACGGGCAGUAAGUGAACAACAAUGGUGCUGGCGAUGGCGAUCUCGGCGGUGGUGCCCGCCUCGGCUGUUUGGCCAGGGCUCCUCUGUCUCCUCCUAGUGUGCGUCGCCCUGCUGUUUGUACAGAGGGUAGUGUUGCCCCGAAGGAGGUUCACCCUUGCCAUGGAAAAUGUGCCUGGACCAAAAGCGCUGCCCAUCAUCGGAAAUUCGCUCAUUCUCACCGCCGGACAGGAUGAAUUCUUCCGAUUGCUGCAGGAUUGCGCAACACAGUACGGUGAAUUGUUUGUUAUCUGGGUUGGCCUUCGUCCUUUUGUUUUCAUCCAAAGCGCCGAAGCUUGUCAGCCCUUGCUCAACUCGUCAAUGCACAUUGAUAAAAGCUACGAGUACGGAUUUCUCAACGACUGGGUUGGAACGGGUCUCAUUACGAGCUCAGGCUCAAAAUGGCACGCCAGACGAAAGUUAUUGACGCCGUCAUUCCACAAUAAGGUGAUGGAAGACUUCGCAUCGACCGUGCAGCCUGGAGUGAAUACUUUCAUCGAGUGUCUAGGAAAGCAGACUGGACUCUUUGACAUUGUGCCCUUGGCCAAGCUGUGCACUUUGGACCUAAUUUGUGACACCGUGAUGGGCCAGCAUAUGGACUUUCAGAGAAACACGAAUUGCGAUUACGUCGAGGCGAUAUCAGAAAUUUGCUCAAUCGUGCAGAGACGGUUCAUAACACCUUGGCUGAAGCCAGAAGCCCUGUUUAAGAUUUCGCCGCUUGGCAUCAAACAGAAAAAAUGCGUCGAAGUGAUUCACAGACACGUAGACAGUAUAAUUGAGAAACGCAAAAAGGAGUUGGAAAUGAGAGAGCAAAUGAACGGCAACGUGGAAAGCGAGACCACAAAAUUCACAACUUCAUCAAAAGCCAAGUACCGAGUCGCUUUACUGGACUUGCUGCUGGAGAUGCAGAAAGACGGCCUGACAAAUGAAGAUAUUCGCGAAGAGGCCAACACGUUUAUGUUUGCUGGCCACGAUACGUCUGCCACUGCCGUUAGCUGGUGUCUGUAUGUGCUUGGAAAGCAUCCCGACGUGCAGGACAAAAUCGUGGAAGAGGUGCUAAGAGUCAAGUCGGAAUCGGCGGACGGCACACUCGACUUUCCGAUGACUCAAAAGUUGCACUACCUUGACUGCUGCAUCCGCGAGGUGAUGCGCUUGUACCCAGUGGCACCUCUAAUCGCCCGUGACCUUCACAGCCCACUGCAAGUUGGCAACCAUUUACUGCCGGCUGGAGUGACCGUCCUUAUGAAUCUGUACCUGCUGCACAGAGAUCCACGUUAUUUCCCCGAACCAGAUAAAUUCAAGCCAGAGCGUUUUAUGGGAGCAGAAAACACUACGAAGCAUCCCUUUGCCUACAUUCCAUUCAGCGCUGGCUCGAGAAAUUGCAUUGGUCAGAGGUUUGCUAUGAUGCAGCUCAAGAUCAUUAUGUCAGAAGUAUUAUGUAAUUACAUAGUUCACUCGCCCGUGCCUGAAAGUGAUCUCAAUUUGCUUGGUGAACUGGUUUUGGUAAAUAAAGAAGGCAUUCAAAUUUUGCUCACAACAAGAUAAAGAUACAUGCAACUGUGCAAACUAGGGUUAUGUAAUGGUGCAUUUAAUUUAAUUUUAGGAUUAUUUUUUUCUUAAGAGGGCUUGACUUGAACAUUUUAUGUAAUUCUUUUGUGAAACAGACUGCUUUACAUUUAUAAUAAAAACAUAAGAUUUUAUUCUUUUGAAAUCAAGUGU